GUUAUGGUCAUAAGGAAACCCCUCUAAUGUGUGAAAUGAUUAUUGUGUGAAAUGUCUGCUGUGUGGAGACCCCAAUACUCUGUAACUUCCAACAUGUUAUAAACAUGGUGAACGCCCCACUAUCUUGAUGUAAACGCCCUAAGCCCUUAAAGUGUAAAGGCGCUGCUCCUAGCGUAAGGCACACCGUCUGGCCCACACUGAUAAGACACAAGUUGUUUACUGCUGGCUAUAUAAGCGCCGGACCUUCCUGCCUGAUAAGAGGAGGACUCCACCUCGAUCCGGGAGAUGAGCCUCUGACUGACUGCUCUGCUGUGCGAGCCUGAACCAACUGCGGCCGCCUGUCUCCGUCUUCGUCGCCUGUCUUUCGGUGUGCUUGGCUGGGUGGCCUUUGCCGGAGCCUAGAACCCACUAGGAAUAGGCUCUCCGGUACCUUGCAGAGAAGCACCGAAAGGAGAGGACAGCCACUCCGGCGCUAGCAGGACCUGGAGGAGGCUUCGGCGAGCCCACGGGACCAUCUCUGCCGUCGCCUCUCUUGGCUGUGCUCCGCACACGACUUCCUUGUCGGUGCUAGUUCACAUGGACCUGGCGCAGACAUCAGUUACCUUCAAGGAUGUGGCAGUGACCUUUACCCAGGACGAGUGGGAGCAGCUGGACCUUGCCCAGAGGACCCUAUACGGGGAAGUGAUGCUGGAAAUCUGUAGGCUCCUGGUCUCUCUGGGAUACCCAGUGCCCAAAUCAGAGCUUGUCCACCUAUCGGAGCACAGGCAGGAGCGAUGGAUUGUGAAGAGAGGCCUCUCCCGAAGUGCCUGUGCAGGAGCCAGAGAAAAAUCAGAGACUACCACUUCUCAGCUGCUCCUGUCUGAGAGAUCCUCACUUCGGGGAUGGAUGAGGCAGGGAGCGUCAAGGGACUCCAGGGCUGGAAAAACCAAAACUCAGGAAGGGCUGUCGGAAAUGCAAGAAGUCUUAAGGCCAGUGACAGACCCCCACAAAGAGAUGCACCCUAAAUGCAAUGAUUUGGGGUCAGAUAAUAGUCUACGCUCAAGGGUUUUACAGGAGCGAGUCUCUCUAGUAGGUGUUCUCCAUAACAGUGAUACACACAGACUAAAAAACCCCAGGAAUCAAACUGGGAAGAACCAUUAUGAAUAUAGUGGAUGCAGGAACACCAAGAAUUGGGAUCUUGCACGUGACUAUGUUCAUCCGAAAGCAAAGCCCUAUGCGUGCACACAGUGUAGGAAAACCUUCAGCUGUACAUCAGACCUCAUGCAGCACCAACAGAUUCACACUGGAGAACAGCCUUUUGAGUGCAAAGAGUGUGGGAAAACCUUUCGCAACAGUUCUACUCUCAGGCAACACAUGAAGAAUCACACUAAAGAGAAGCCCUAUGAGUGCAAUAAAUGUGGAAAGGCCAUCCAUCAAUCUAAUUUAAUUAAGCAUCAGAAAACUCACACUGGAGAAAAACCCUUUGUAUGCAAAGACUGUGGGAAAGCAUUUUGCUACAAAUUUAAUUUGGGUCAACAUAUGCAGAUUCACACGGGAGUGAAGCCCUAUGAGUGCAGUGAAUGUGGGAAAGCUUUUCGUCGCAAGUCACACCUCACAGAGCACCAGCGGAUUCACACAGGAGAGAAGCCCUAUGAAUGCACUACAUGUGGAAAGUCUUUCUCCUUCCACUCUGGUUUUUUCCAGCAUAGUUGGAUCCAUACUGGCGAGAAACCUUUUAAGUGCAAAGAAUGUGGGAAAACCUUUUGCUCCCAGUAUAAUUUGCGUCAACACAUGAAAGUUCACAUUGGAAGGAAGCCCCAUGAAUGCAAUAAAUAUUGUGACAUUUGCCCAGCCGUGAAAAAAGACGUUACCAUAUUUCUGACGGGAACCCCAGAAGAAUAUGUUGCACAAGUGGAAAAAUACCAAAACAACUCUUUAAUAUUGGCCAAUGCCAGGAAACUGAAGGACUGCAUUGAUCAGAAAUUGACAGAAGAGGAUAAGGAGCAUGCCGUCACUGUGCUGAGGGCCAUUCUGCACCUCAAAUGCCAGGAGAGGAGGCACCUUCCAAAAGCCCCCUUCCAACCUCCCAACUUCAGCCUUUGUCUCUAUGGAUCUAAAACUUCCCGGCUGGAGUUGAAAAGGCACAUGAGAACCCAUCCAAGGGGAAAGCCUUAUGAGUGUUGUAUUUCUGCGCGAUUUACCCAAAGUAGUACCAUGAAGACGCACACUUUACAGAAGCGCACAGAAAAUGUGGCCACAUCUCACCGUUCCCGCUGUGACAGUGCCAGAGCGAGAACGUGAUUGGGUGUCCACUUGCGAAAGCAGCGUUCCCACACUGAGCAAGGCGAGGAAUGCCCAUACUGCGAGCCUGUGUUUCACGAGCCCUCUGCCCUCACUCAGCAUCACAAGUCACACAAGAAUGAGAAGCGCUUUCCGUGUGAUUCCGUCUGCAGACGGGAGAGGCACGCGAUCUGCAGCCCCCGCGACAAGACCUUCCGCCAGAAGCAACUCCUCGCCAUGCACUUCAAACGCUACCACAACCCCAACUUUGUCCCUGCGGCCUCUGUCUGUUCUAAGUGUGGGAAACAUACCCUGGCAAGGCAUGCUGAUAAUUGUGCUGGUCCGGAUGGUGUAGAAGGGAAAAUGGAGGCGAAACAAAGACCCUCCCACAGCGAAAAUGCUGAGCCAGACCUGGAUGACACCGAGGAUGAAGAGGAGUCUGCCGUGGGAAUUGAACCUGAGCCUGUGACCCCAGCCCCACCACCUGCCGAGAAGCUGAGCGGACCUACCCCCCACCCCACCCACCCCAAACAGACCCAGCCAGCUCUCAUCCAGGCUGAGGAUCAGAAUACAGGUGCAAUUGAGAACAUUGUAGUUGAAGUAAAAAGGCCAGAGGCAGAGCCCGUGGAGGGGCAGGAAGAGGAGGCCCAGCCCGCUGCCACAGACGCCCCAGCGAGACCUCACCCCGAGGUGAUCCUCAGCAUGAUGGACCGGUGA